AUGUCUUCCGGCGCAGGGAGAGAGGCCGUCUUCCCCACGCGGCAGGCGUUGGGCCAGAUGAAUGCGAAGUUGAAGGGGGCUCAGACUGGCCACAGCUUAUUGAAAAGGAAGAGCGAGGCGUUGACAAAGCGGUUUCGAGAUAUCCUCAAGAGAAUCGACGAAGCGAAACGGAAGAUGGGACGAGUCAUGCAGAUUGCCGCAUUCUCGCUCGCUGAAGUGUCCUACGCCGUCGGCGGAGAUAUUGGCUACCAGAUCCAGGAAUCCGUCAAGACGGCCCGGUUCAGGAUCAAGACCAAGCAAGAGAACGUGUCAGGUGUCUUUCUCCCGCAGUUUGAGGGAUACACAAAGGAGGAGAUCAACGAUUUCGGCUUGACCGGUUUGGGCAAGGGAGGUCAGCAAGUGCAAAGAUGUCGAGAGACCUAUUCCCGCGCGGUCGAGACACUAGUUGAGCUGGCGAGCUUACAGACGGCAUUCAUGAUUCUCGACGAAGUCAUCAAGGUUGUGAACCGAAGAGUCAAUGCCAUUGAACAUGUCAUCAUUCCCCGAACUGAAAACACCAUCAAGUACAUCAACUCCGAGCUUGACGAGCUUGACCGAGAAGAAUUCUACAGAUUGAAGAAAGUGUCGGGCAAGAAACAACGUGAUCAAGCCGCCGCGGACGCCGAGCUUCUGCGACAGAGGCAAGCGGGUAAGAACAAGCCAGAACAGGAGGAUGGCGCCCAGCCGCAGGAUGUGCUCGGCGAGCAUGAGGAUGAGGAUGUUAUUUUCUGA